AUGCUGUGGUCCCCGGUGCUCCUUGGCAUCGUCGUCUUGUCUGGUUUUUCUGGGCCUAGCAGGGCUGAUCGAGCCAUGCCCAAGCUGGCUGACCGGAAGCUGUGUGCGGAUGAGGAAUGCAGCCAUCCUAUCUCCAUGGCUGUGGCCCUUCAGGACUACGUGGCUCCCGAUUGCCGCUUCCUGACCAUAUACAGGGGCCAAGUGGUGUAUGUCUUCUCCAAGCUGAAGGGCCGUGGGCGGCUUUUCUGGGGAGGCAGUGUUCAGGGAGAUUACUAUGGAGACCUGGCAGCCCGCCUGGGCUAUUUCCCUAGUAGCAUUGUCCGGGAGGACCUGACUCUGAAACCUGGCAAAAUUGAUAUGAAGACAGAUCAAUGGGAUUUCUACUGCCAGUGAGCUCAGCCUACUGUUAUCCCUGCAGUUACCCUUCCGGCUCCAUACAAAUACAGCAGCC